AAUUGACCCGCAGAGUCUUCAAAAUCUUUGCGGGCACGCAAUUCUCUUCGACCGACCUCUACAUUGACCUGAGACCAUUAUAAGGUCAAUGGUCUCAUAAUGACUCCAAAAGCUCCUCCACUGGAGCUUCCAGGUCAGAACGACACGUCCAAGACUAUGACUCCAAUCCAGCAAGUUGCUCAAGCUCCAUUGCAGGAAUCUCGCAGUUGGAAUACAAAGAACCUCGGACUCCGGUUGGCCUCUGACUUUGUUUCUGGCUUCUGCGCAGCUUCUCUGGUAGCUCCAAUUAUCACUGUCAUAGACAAGUAUUAUGCAGAAUGCCUCUGGUCAAGCAAGCCUCAAGAACUCCUUAAAGACAUCCUUCACUACCUUCCUCCUCCGACCUCACAACAUUGUGUUCUCCAAGCCCUUCGCCCUCAUCUGCAUGCUGUACGGCGGCACAUACCUGACAGCAAAUACCCUCGAUACGCUCACAUCCACAACCCAAAACAAGCCUGCUUCGCACGUCACCAGUGGCACUGCCAAAUUUGCAGCUUCAUCAACAGCAAAUGUUGGCCUCUGCCUCUUCAAAGACCAAGCCUUUGCUCGCAUGUUCGGUUCUGGAGGACCACCUCGACCUGUACCACUCCCAUCUUAUUUCCUCUUUACUUUCCGAGAUUGUCUCACCAUAUUUGCCUCGUUCAACGUUCCACCACUUCUUGGUCCUGUUAUUACACGAAACAUGAGCGAGGAGUUCUCAAAAGCAGUUAGUGGGCAGACGGUUGCGCAAUUCGUUGCUCCGGCUUCGGUCCAAAUUAUCAGCACGCCGAUGCAUCUGCUUGGUUUAGAUCUCUAUAAUCGGGGCGGAAAGCUGGAUUGGAACGAUCGGUGGGCCAUUGUUAAGAAGAACUGGGCAGUGAGUGCUGUGGCGAGGAUGUGCAGAAUCAUCCCGGCAUUUGGUGUUGGUGGAGUGAUCAACGGCAAGCUGAGGAAGAAUCUGAUGAGCAGGUUGGAGUGAAGCAUGGAUGGUGAUGAUACCCAGAUAUACACUAUCGAAGAGCGAGCGAUGAAGAUGGAGAAUUGAAAAGAAAUGGGGCCAUGGCUAGAAGAUGGAAUUAUUUCACGGCGUCAUCAGGCGUUAUUGGAAAAUUCGGAUUUUCCGAGAGAAGGGGCAUAUUGAAGGCGUUUCCACAACAUACAAAGAGGAGUUCAUUCAAGAGAUGACGCUAGUAUUUUGAAAAC